AUGCUCACUAAGAUUAUUCUUUCCUUGGCUGGAAUCGGCCUCAUGUAUUAUGAGAAAGUCGUGGAUGAAAACAUGACUGCUGCUGAGUCGGCAAGAAAGGAAUACAAAGCGAGUUGCGACAUGAAAGUUGACCUGCUCUUCACAGAACAAGAGUUCAGCUGCUCGACGAUUCUCAAAUCUGAUUACGCCGUAGGCUUUGGAUUCCUUCAGAAUGUAAAUAUUUACGAGUUUUCUGCAAACGUCUUGCCCGUCGACAGUCCCUUCAUCCAGCCAAAUUAUGUCUACGGUCUCUGGCACUACAUCCUCCAGCUCUUUGUAGCUAUCCUUGGAGACGCAUCUCUUUCCCGAACUCUUUCUGUCGGUGGAAUCGGUGCCUCUGUCUAUUUCACGUACGCGAUGAUAAAACUCGAAGCAAUGUGCCUCGCCUGCAUUAUUUGCCACUUCAUCAACGUCGCCUUUUUCGUUCUCGACACAGCAAAGCCCGCUGCACCGGAGAAACUCAAGCGUCACUAG